GAUUUCCUCUCGGAUGCGGCAAACCGGCAUCAUUGUUCUGCAGACAUUGUAACCGAGAGCUUGGGGUGGUUCUGGAAGGACUCUAUCUGUAAAUUUAAGCCAUGGGGAAGGAUUACUAUAAGAUCCUUGGCAUUCCUUCAGGCUCAAAUGAGGAUGAAAUCAAAAAGGCCUACAGGAAGAUGGCUCUAAAGUUCCAUCCGGACAAAAAUAAGGAUCCCAAUGCUGAAGAGAAGUUUAAGGAAAUAGCAGAAGCUUAUGAGGUCCUGAGUGAUCCCAAAAAGAGAGUUAUCUAUGACCAGUAUGGAGAGGAUGGUUUGAAAACAGGUGGCACGGGUUCAUCUAGUGGACAAGGGACUACAUAUCACUAUACUUUUCAUGGGGAUCCACAUGCCACAUUUGCUUCCUUCUUUGGAGGUUCCAACCCCUUUGAUAUAUUCUUUGGCUCUAGUCGGCAACGAGGAAAUACUAAUGGCUUUCCGGACCAUGGGGACCAUGACAUGGACAUUGAUAUGGAUGGAGAAGAUGAUCCUUUCAGUUCGUUCAGCCACUUUGGUUUCAACGGUGUCAAUGGUUUUCAUCAUGGUGGAGGUCGAAGGCAUCGUAACGAGCCUCUUCAUGGUGGCCGCAAGAAAUUACAGGACCCUCCGGUGGUACAUGAGCUCAAAGUGUCUCUAGAGGAGAUCUUCCAUGGAUGUACAAAGCGGAUGCGAAUCACUCGCAGACGAUUGAACCCAGACAGAAAGACAAUGAGGACAGAGGACAAGAUCCUUAAUAUUGUCAUCAAGAGAGGUUGGAAGGAAGGGACCAAGAUCACUUUCCCUAAAGAGGGGGAUGAGACACCUGAGAACAUUCCUGCUGAUAUUGCAUUUGUGCUCAAGGACAAGGGGCACCCACUCUUCAGAAGAGAUGGCUCCAACAUCAUUUACACAACCAAGAUUGGUCUAAAGGAGGCGUUGUGUGGCUGCACAGUGAACAUUCCCACUAUUGACAACCGAGCCAUUACAUUGCCCUGCAAUGACAUCAUCAAACCAGGCACAAUCAAGAGACUGCGUGGAGAAGGCCUGCCUUUCCCAAAAAACCCAUCCCAACGUGGGGAUUUAAUAGUGGAGUUCCAGGUGCGCUUCCCAGACAGAAUCCCACCCCAGUCCAGAGAGAUCAUCAAACAGCACCUUCCACAGUCUUAG